UGACAAUCUAUUGAUUUUUGUUGAUUGUGUUUUGUGUUGUGUUCAGUUUGAGUUCACGUUGUGAUUAAUGUUUGCAUUUUUACCUUUUUAGAAAGCUUUGGCUUUUAUUUUCCUGAUAAAAUACUUUUUCAGGAUUUAAAUAACUAUACGGUAAAAUAAACUAUAUUUUUCCACUUUCGUUAAGGUCAUGGCUGAGUAUUUAGCUUCAAUUUUCGGUACCGAAAAGGAUAAAGUAAACUGCUCGUUCUAUUUUAAAAUAGGAGCAUGUAGACACGGAGACAGGUGUUCUCGAAUCCAUAACAAACCAACAUUUUCUCAAACAUGCCUAUUACAAAAUUUGUAUGUCAAUCCUCAAAAUUCAGCAAAGUCUGCUGAUGGAAGUCACUUGGUUGCUAAUGUUUCUGACGAAGAAAUGCAAGAACAUUAUGAUAACUUUUUUGAAGACGUUUUUGUAGAAUGUGAAGAUAAGUAUGGAGAAAUUGAAGAAAUGAAUGUUUGUGAUAAUUUGGGAGACCAUCUUGUAGGAAAUGUUUAUAUAAAGUUUCGACGUGAAGAAGAUGCUGAAAGGGCUGUCAAUGACUUAAAUAAUCGUUGGUUUGGUGGAAGACCUGUAUAUGCUGAACUGAGUCCUGUGACUGACUUUAGAGAAGCUUGUUGCCGUCAGUAUGAGAUGGGUGAAUGCACCCGGUCAGGAUUCUGCAAUUUCAUGCACUUGAAACCAAUUUCUAGAGAACUGAGGAGAUAUUUGUAUUCAAGAAGGAAGGGAAAGAGUAUUGGAGGAGGCAGACCACAUUCUAGAUCUCGUUCUCCACCAAAGAGGGGACGAUCCCGCUCUAGAGAAAGAAAAGGAUCUAGAUCUCCUAAACAUCGUUCUGGAAGAAGUGGACGUUACUAAUAAGCCUUAAUUUAAUAUGUAAUUACCAUCAAAAUUAUACUAAAUGUGGUCUAAAAUUUAUAAAAUGAGCCCUAUAAAAUAUCGCAAUAGGUUUUGACAUUAAUUUGGGCAAUAGGAUAUUUCGAGUUACAAUAGGAAGGUACAUAUAAGUAUAAUUUUAAGUAAACUCUUUUCUGUUUAUCAUCCAAUUUACUGUAUGUAUUUUUUAAAGUGAAAA